AUGUUGCGUUUGGAUGCACUUUGUACUAAGAAAAUCACCAACUUCUACUUGAACGGAAAUAUGAAACAUGCUUUGGCAAAAGAAUAUGGUGCAGAUAAGCUUGUCGAAAUGAGCAGAGUUUUGGAGAUGAGCCAAAGCGAAAUUUCCCAAGAUGUCUUAAAACAAUCCAAUGGAAAUUUCACGAAAGAGAUGGCAGAGUCUGUGAUUGGGGGACGUCAUUUCACAGGAAGAAUGGGAAAACGAUUUGCGAAGCAACUGAAGGGAGCAUUCGAAGCAAAAAACAAUGCUACUUCUGAAGAAGACUUUGGAACAUUCGGCGGACUGAGAUUCGAUAAAGUUACGAUUGACAACGAAAACUUCAACAAACACUUCUGUGAUGUGAUUUUUGCUCAAGAGCUCGCAAGUUUGGUUAUUUCCAAUAUGGAUUCACCAUUUUUCAAUAUGAAGGAAGUGCAAUCAGAUGAUGGUUCAAAGGAAAGCCAAGUCAAACUCAUUCCAAUUUUGCGCAAAUUGAUUUCUACUGAAAGUGAACAAUCAUUGAACACACUAUCAAUCAAAAUGCCGCGUACAACUCGUUUCGAGAGAGAUUUUGUGAAAAGAAUGCUGAAUGUGCUUACAAACCUCAGCUCUCUCACACUGAGCAACAUUCGAGUAAAUGACACCGAUUUCAACGUGGAUAGCAGCCUACUCAAAAAUAUUACUGAGCUGGAUCUUUCUUUUUCGAAAAUUCCCACUUUCGAGUUUCUUAAAAGUUUUGAAAAACUUGAAAUCCUCGAUGUUUCGGGUGCCGAAUUGAAGGAGAGUGAUGUAGAGGCGAUUUGCAAAAUGAAGACUCUACAAACGCUUCAUAUUGAUGGCGCGAAGAGCAGCGAGGGUCCAUCUUCGAACAAUUUGGAAACUUAUAUUAAAUCCGACAAUCCAUUAUCGGAGCUCUCAGUCCUCACUAUUGAAAAUUGUAAAAUCGACAAAGCGGGUCUCCAAGCGAUUCUUCAAACCCAUCCACAUUUAAGAGAAAUUAAUCUAAUCAGCACUUCUCUUUCAAGAACGCAAAUGCCCACAAUGGGAGGAACAAGAAUCUUGUCCAUUUCCACGAUUGAGCAAACCGCUGUUUCUCUGACGUAUGUCAUCAGUAGUCCUGGAAGCUCUCGGAGGGAUGAAAUUCUCAGUACUCUUCUUGAAGAAAUGAAGCAAAUAGCUUACCGCGAGGAAUAUGAUGGAACUGAUGGAAGAGAAAGUCUCUCCGAGGUAGAACAUCAACUUCUCCUCGACGGGGUUAUCAGUUUCAUAAAAAUGGUGGUCGUGGAAAAGGAUCAGGAAAACGACGAUUUGAUGGAUGCAAUGAAAAUUUUAAACAAAUUAACCAUCAUUGUGCCAAUUGAAAUGUGGAGCUUGCUGAAUCAAGCUCUUUUGAGGGAUGUGAUGUUAUCUUUGCUCAAGAGAUAUCCGUUGAAAUUAAGGCCGGGCUCCAAUUUGUUGAGCAAAAUCACACAUUACGCGCUGGCGAAUUUAGGAAGGUUGCUUGUGCAUAACGAAGGACCGGAAAACCUGGUCCCAAUUGUUGGAAUAGCCGUUGAAACGCUCAAAGCAAAAAUUGAAUUGGGAAACAACAACUUUGUCAGAUGUUUCAACAUUUUGAAUUCCUAUUUUGAAAAGAUGUCGCACAAUGACAAAUUGAAAAUCAUCAGAGAAUGCUCUCUUGACGAGCUUAUCCUGAAGUUUUUGAAGAAAGGCAGCAAAUAUGCAUUAAAUUUUUUUCUGGGAAGAAUUGCAAAAUUUAUCGGAAAAUUGGCUUUCUUCGACAGAGACGUUCCUAACUUGGACAUGGAUCAUCGAAUCGAAAUGUUACAUUUCCUGAUUGAAGAAGCCAAGUGGAGAUAUGAUGAAAGUCUUCAUCGUUGCAUCGUACAAUGCCUGGCGAAUAUUUUCAAAUCUACAAGACGUUUCGAAUUCUUCGAAAAGUUUUGGGAUCCUUCACGUUCUAGCAUUCAGCACAUUUUGUCGUUGCUACACGCGGACGUUCGUUUCCUUCAGAGAGCCGUGAUAGAAUUAAUGGUUAUCCUCAAAACAGCGUGGCAAGGACAUAAUGUGACCAACAAUCGCUGGGAUACUCUCUUCAAUAAUGUUCAAAAUCAAACAAGUACUAUUUCUGGUGCCCUAAACUACAGAAGAAAACCCAAAGACAGUAUGUAUGCGGAGUUGGAAUUCCUGACAGCCAGACGUCAUGCAAACGAAAUCCAAGAAUUUGCAAGAUUUUUCUUGGAAAAAAGUGGCCAGAACAAAGUUACAGGCGAGCCGGAGCGCAAAAGAAGAAGGGUACGAUAA